CGCACAUUCAGCAAAGCCGAUUCUAGAGUCUCCGAUUCAAAGUAGACCGCAGUUGUAUUCGUUCGUUGAUCGCGCAGAGGUAAAAUUCGCAGAAUGUUCGUCGCGAAUUAUUUCUUCGCUAUUUCCGGGUUACUCGGUGUCGUUUGCAUCGCUGGAAUUGCUGAAUCCGUGACUUCCAAAUGCUCCGGUCGACCGCAUUACAACGUUUCAUUAACCGCCUACUAUCCCGACUUCAACAGCGGCUUUGAAUCCGAUUAUCUGGACGCCCGGGGAAAGAAAUUGCGACCGUUGCAGAACUUCCUUGACGGACGAUGCGACUACGUCACCGUCGGAAUGGACGAGGAUCUAAACCUUGCUUACGGAUCAAGCAUCUGCGUUCCGGAGAUGAACGAACACUUCGGAAUUAACAUACCGUUUCAGGUACGAGAUUACGGUGCAAAUUUAAAAGGCACCGGAUUCUCAAGGAUGGACAUUUGCGUGAGGAGCGAAGAGGACAGCUACGACAAAACCGUGAAUGGAAUAGUCACCAUCUACGUCUAGCUGCGACAUUGUUACUUUGAAAAUAUUUCAGAUGAUCUGAUAUACCUGCGUUUGUCCAUUCAUUUGUAAGAUUUAUGGAAUCGGAGAAUAUUAUAUGCGCUAUGCUUGUAACGACAGAAACGCUUGAUGCGAAUUUAUAUGUGUAUUAAAAUAUUCAGGUAUAGAC